AUGUCAAGAACUGUAACAUCUAGAGCAACAAUAUAUGCGGAAGUAACAAAACCGCUUGCGGCACAAAUUUUGAAUGAAGAAACAGUAGUAACAACAAAUGAAUCAUCUGCUCAGUUGAGAAUUGCAACACGACAAAAUGCUAGCACAACUAGUAAAAAUCUCAAAGCACCGGCAUCAAAUUAUAAGCCAAAUUUGAAAACAGAUUUUAAUCGUGCAUUCAUUGUGUAUUUGAAAAAUCAUACAACUCUAAUAAAAUAUACAACACAAGAAUUAUUAACCAAGUUAGAAGCAGCCGUAGGACAUCUUCAACUGAAAUGCAAGCCACAACUUGCUUAUAUUCAUCCAAAAGGGGGACUGAUCUAUCAAUUUCUAAAUAAGGCGAUACAAGGAAAAUUAAUGGAAGAAUAUUGA